UCUCCGGAGCUGGAUCAGCCUUAAUUAUUAUUUUAAUUGAAAUACUAGAAGCAUCCAUUCUUGUUUGCGUGUACAUACAAAUCUUAAUUCUCAAUGUCCGGCGUUGGCUGUUGUUGCGGCCAUUUAUAUCACAAUGAAUGCAUAAUUAAGUGGAUCAGAUGCGUAAGGACGAGUUCUGUGGAAAACGUUGCUUGUCUUUCCACUGAACCUGGUCGGGCGGCAAGAUCGUCAGUAGAUCAACGACUUUCUGAUGAACCGGACAGAGAGGCAAGAUUGUCGGAUCAACAACUCGAAGGUGAACAACUUUCUGUUGAGUAUGACAAGGUGACGAGGCUUUCUGAUCAACAACUUGAAGAGCAGCAACUUUCAAUUGAGCUUGACAGGGUGGCGAGCUUGUCAGAUCAUCAUUUUGAAGAAACUGAAAUUCAAGACUUUGAAUUUCAUCAAAUAAUUGAAAAGAUUGCUAAUGCAGCAGCAAAUAAUUUGAGAAUUAAUGAACAAUUUAAAGACUUGAAAGGUAUUCUUGAGAAUCAACAUGGAGAAAAAAACUUGCUUUUGAGGCAAAUGAAGACAAUGAAGGACCAAACUAAAGAACUUGGUGAACUGCUUGAAAAGGAACGACUAGAGAAUCAAAGAAAAGGCAAGGAGAUUGAUAAAAAGAAUAAAGAAAUCACUGAAAAAGUCAAGACUAUCGAUGAAAAAGUGAAGAAGAUUGAGGAGAAGGACAAAGAGAUCGAGAAAAAGUGCAAAGAGCUUGAGACGAAAAAUAAGGAGAUUGAGGGCAAAAACAAGGAAAUUGAAGAUAAAAACAAAGAAAUUGAGAAACUGAAAUUAGAAAUGUUCCAACUGAAAGAAUCAAUAAAUGUUCCAUCUCAACCUUUGGAUAUGCGGCAAGCGCAAAUGAAUAACGAGGAGAAUGAUCGAAAUUUGAUUAGGUCGCCGCUCACUUCAACAGACGCAAACAAUCAAAUUAGUGUGGCUAAUCCUCAAUUUACACCAUCUCAAACAAACUGUCCGGAGAGAGUUACUGUUCGAAGAAAGUUUAUACCAAAAAUACAAAAUUUCGAAAGAGUUCCAAUUGCAAAGAAGCGUCCUGCGAUGAAGGUUGUCAAUGGUGCAUCUCCAGCUAUGUCUGUAUUUGGAAAGAAUAAGCAAGUGCCCGUUAAUCUUUUGGCUGCUUCAAAGCCUUGGCGCCCUCAUGGUACAAAACAGCAUUUACUACUCAAACCUUCUCAUCAAAACAACAAAACUCCAAAUAACAUUGGGAUUACUAAAAGUGCUAAAAGGAAGCUUCGGCUUGAUUCUCCAAUUGGUUCGCCAAUGUUUACUUCAACACCUAAUGAUGGGAGGAAAUUCCCGGCAUUUGUGAUAGGUUGAGACUAGUUAAUAUACUCGCAAAGAUUUUUGAUUCAAAACUUUUUUUUAACUUUAUUAAAUUAUUAACCUCCUUUUUUGUUUGUAUUUUACUUUAUGUUGAAAGUUUUUUUGUGUUGGAUUGUUUCCUUUGCAAGUUAUGAAAAUUAUUUGUCAAACAUAAUUACU